AUGGCAGACAUCUCCUGGACUGAAGGAGUCUGCAACGAGACAGCUGCCAAUGCCAGUUCAGAAUUCAGCCUGGAAGCAGACUUCCAGUAUUCCUUGUUCACUGUCAUCUACAGCAUCGUCUUCGUGCUGGGACUGAUGGAAAAUGUCUUGGCUCUCUACCUCCUGACCUGCAAAAUGAAGCACACUUCUCAUUCCUACAUAUACAUGAUCAAUUUAGCUCUGGUGGACACCUUGUUUGUUUGCGUGUUGCCUUUUAAAAUUCACUACCACUUGAACUGGAACCAUUGGAUCUUUGGUGACAUGGCUUGUAGGGUAACCGGCACUUUGUACUACGUCAACAUCUACCUAAGCAUUGCGUUUUUCACCUGUAUCUGCGUUGAUCGCUACAUCGCAGUGUUGCACCCCUUCACCUACAUCCAGAUCAGAGCCACCCAUUACGUGCUGGUGGUCACAGUCCUUUGGGUGGUCGCUCUGAGCGUCACGGUUCCGCUUAUCCUUGGAGGUCCCCUCCACAGCAGCAGUGAGAGGAACACGACUGCGUGUUUUGAGAACUUUACUACGAGCGUCUGGACUUCCCGCAUGGCACCUUACAACAUCCUGGCCUUAGUUUUUGGGUUUGUGAUCCCCUUUUCCAUCAUUCUGAUCAGCUACCCUCUCAUCGCUAGGAGGAUCUCCCAGAUCAAACGCAGCGUUUGCAGGAGGAGGGCCCUGAGCACCAUCUACAUCAUCUUGCUCAUUAGUACUUUGUGCUUUCUCCCGUAUCAUCUCACCCACUUGCUCCACUUCUUAAUGAGAAUCCAGGUCAUCCAGAACGAGCGCUUCACCGGCUUGAUCUACAAACUGCGGAGGGUCACCUUAGCCCUCGUGAGUCUCAACUGUUGCCUUAACCCACUCUUGUACUACUUCAGCUCUUCCAGCAAGCAGUGGCGCUUCAACCUCAAGCUCAGGUUCAGGUCUCAAGCGGUGUACACAAUCUGCGACCAGAAAUUUGGCGAGCUCUCCUAUGUUUAUAAACUACAGCAGAGAGGUGGAAAAAAACCCCACAGAGAUGGAAUCAACCCAUCUACUAAAAGUAAGCACAUUGUUCAUCUUUCCAACUGUUUAUUGGAAAACAAACCUGUGAAACCUGCUGCUCUUUCGUACAGUGGUUGA